AUGGAGGACUUCCGCUUGGAUUUGGAGAAGGAUUCGGGUGACGCCAUCAUCGGGUGCUUCUUUGCCGUAAUUGACUCUCAGCCGGAGGGCAAAAACUGCUCCCCCAAAAACGGUGUCCUCUUGAUUCUGUGCUUUUUGUUUAGAAGUGGACUAUCUCAAGACUGCCAGAAGCUCAAAGAAACCUGCAAUCCUUGCAUACGAAGGCUUAAUAAUCCUGCCAACAAUGUGGGUUUUAUUAAUGAAGGAUGCCGCAGGAAAGUUCGUGGCAGAUACAUUUGGAAAAAUCAAACCCGUUGCGAUCUCCAAGUGAUCGCUUGUGGAGCGCACAAUAGAAAAAUGGAUUGCCUGGUUAUAGCCGAGCUUGCCGGCAUGCCAAGAAGUAGCUAG